CUCAUUAGCACACUUUUGCAUAUUGAUUCUACUACAUGGUGCAUACCAUCUAAUGUAGCUUUUUGAUUUAAGAGUACCAAUUUACGGUCUUCAUCUUGGUAUACAUGUUUUACUCGCGGUAACUCCAACAAAUCCCUUGAGUCGUCAGUUGUUUACCUUAAUAAGCUAUCCGACGUACUUGCGACAAAUUUUGUUCAAAAUACCCACUUUCUGGGGAAGAACUCGAGCAGCUACGAGAUCAAACGACUUUUUAAAAAGGUUCUUAUCAAUAGCUUUAGAGAAAGGACUCAUUUUAAUCGGAUCUAAGCGUAACUCUCCUUCCAUAAUGUUUUAGUAAUGUUGAAGAGUCCUUGGUAGAAAGCUACUUUCAAUAUCUCAACAGAACUAUAUUAAAUGUCUGCUAAAAAAAACUUCUAAGAGUAUUGCUAUUAUAUCCUAAGAAAAAAAGGACUUUCAUAUAACUAUACUUUCGAGUCCUGAAAUCUCUGCUAGAAUGCUCCAUGCUCUAAUCGUCAGAAGUUUACUAUUUCCACCGUUAAGCGAAAUAUUCCUGCUAUUGCCUUUUCGAUGAUGCAAGGACCAUAAAGACGCGAUGUUCUCAAUGACUCUUCCGUCUGCUAAGAACGAGUUCAAGUUACUUUAAGUACUCGUACUCCCUGUCUUUGAGCAUUAUGAAUUUUAGACGUGAAAUGGCUCCGGUUUUGAAGUGCUGAAAAACUUUGGUUCCAGAAGGAGGAACCGAUUUAACUCUUAUUGAAUGACAUGAGUGCUAGCUAUAGCUUAUAAUCAUCGUACUUUUCAACUAGAGAUUAUUAUUUAUUGCCUAUUCUUUUAUAGGUCUUCCGUCGUUGGUCUUAUUGUUUGUUUACGUUGUGACAUUUUGACAACAAUGGCAGUCAAUUGUUUUUGUUUUGAUUUAUACAUAUAUACUACUUUUCUUCUAAGGUUCGCUCAUCCUUUCCCAUUCACCAUUACUUAUAAUUUAAAGGAAUUCCGUUUUGUGCACUAUAAAUUUCUACAUCAAAGAACUUGUUAACAUCAAGGUGUUUGUAGAUCUUUAUUUGUUUUGAUUUUUGAUUAUCAAUCUUCACACAGUAAGUACUUAAACAAUUGAAGAUUUACCUUUGUGAAAGUCUUGAAAGUGGUUUACUUUAUCACUAUUGUGUCAAUAUUCUAAAAAGUGUGAUUGAAUUAUAAUUAAUACGAUUCCCUUCAGAAUUGCACUUUCAUUUCUAUCUUUCUUACUUUUUUGAGUUUGUCUUUUGCUCCUGGAAGGAAAGUUUUUAUUUUUACUACCAGCCUGAUUUUUGUCCCUUAAAGAAAGUUGUUUUGAAUCGUUCAUAAUGUUGGGUGACAUUUAUGGAAACAGACUUUUUUCUCAGAACCUUUUGUCUUAUUCAGACAUUGCUUCAUCUACUCAUUCAUCUCUGACUAGUUCACCCAUUAAACAGUUUCUUCAUCAACUGUGGAAGGUUGUUACUGUUAAAGGUUCAAAAACGGUCGAGGAACCAGAAUUUCCUGAUCAGCCGGUUCAAAACAUUAACGUUGAAAUUCAUAAUGUCGACCGGUUCUAUCCAUUGAGAUAUAUAUCUUCCAUUACAGAACCGAUGAGGAAGAGAUAUGAGGAACCUACAGACAUUACAAGUUCUGAUCUUCUAUUCAAUCCUUUUAGUCAUGGUUUAUCGUCUAUUGUGUUCAGCUAUAAAAAAUCCACUUAUUUAAAGUUAGGUGCUUCCGAUAAUUACAAUGAUAUGUUUGAAGAUGCACAGAUUUACAAGUAUGGUCUCUGCAUGAAACGCGCACGCAGUAAUAUUUUACUGGCAAUGAAUUACUCUUCCAAAAUAUAUCUGAAACUAUCUGAUUAUUUCAAGCAUGGAAAAGCUCCUUUAUCGGUCCUUGUGCACCAUGUGAUGCUAUAUGAAUACUAUCCUGAGGAAUUUCAAGAUGUACUAUGGUCGGCUACGCAGUUUCAUGUCAUGCAUCAAGUACGACUGAAUCGUGCAAGUUUACUUCAGGCGAGGGCCUGUUACCAAAAGUUAGGGGACAUUCGUAUGUACUUUAUAGAUCCUGCGGAUAUGUAUGUUCCGCCAGAUUCUUUGAAUUGGUUAAUUAUCUGCACCAAAGAUUUCCAGGGUCUAAUUCAAUUAAAACGUACUAUGGAUGCAAAAAAACUAUUUCAAAGAAGGUCCAAGCACUUGACUUUAGCGCAGUUUGCAACUUCGAGCUCUGACCUGAGUUGGCUAUGUAUGAUGUUGAGCAUAGGACGAAAUGCUCGUGCAUUGCCAAUACAUGGAUAUCUGAGCGCAAAAAAAGUUUUAUAUCCAAGUAUCAUACCUGAUAAUGUUUUUUGCAUGAGGCAAGUGGAUUCUGUUUUAUUCAAAGAGAUUCAUAGCAUUCAUCAAUUUUUAGAAUUUCAAGGGCGCUUGUUUAUGGACCUCCAAGAUUGUCAAACAUUCCACAGAGAAUACGAGAUUUAUCAUUGUUAUCGAACAGGAAAACCGUUAUAUGAGAGUUACGAAGAAAAAGCCAGAGGCGAUGACCCUUUUGUUAUGAGAAGUUAUCCAAAGAUGAAUUUUGAAGUAUCGAUCAACUCUAACAAGGACAUAAUUGAAAAAUAUAAGCAAGUUUUUGAGUAUAAAAGAAACUCUCUCCUCAGGCCUGUCCUUGUUGGAAAUGGACAGAAAGCAUCAUAAAUUUACUAAUGCAUUUUGGUUAUCAUACAUAAUAUAAAAAUAGUUUCCAGGCAGCAACGUUGAUGAAUGCGUUUAAGCCUAAUUACGAUGUUUAUG